AUGGAUGACUUCUGCCGUCGGUAUUCAUACGCUGCUCUAACUGCAGACCGAGAUUUCGCUCAUUUAUUUAGAUCAGACUCUGGAUUGGAUACCAUCGCAACGCAUGCUGGACAUGCAGCGCUGGAAACACCUGGGAUUGGGUAUCCCGUUGUCGCACCUAUAGCCCUCUCGAGUACCUUUCAACAAUUUUCUCCUGGAGUUGCUAAGGUAACAUUGUUUUUAAUAUUUUUUAAGUAUGAUUACUCGCGUUCAAAUAAUUACACUCGUGAGUGCCUGGAAAAGUGCAUUGCUGCUCUUGAAGGAGCGACUUCAUGCUCCACUUUUGCAUCUGGUCUAGCUGCCUUAGGCGCUCUGAUGCAACUUCUAAACAGUGGUGAUCGCAUUGUAUGUUCUGAUGACCUUUAUGGAGGUAAAGAUCGUUAUGGCUACAUCUGA